UUUUCUCAAAAAUAGGACUGUUAAAUUCAGUAAUUUAGAAUAGUCAACAUGUUUUUAGACAUUGAUUAGUGACAACCAAUCCCUAUAAGUUUAAAAUAAGGGAGUACAUAUAAGACUUUAUUAAAUUUAUUUAAUAUUUAUUGAUAAAAUAGGGAACCAAAAUUGAGGCAUCGUGAUUUUAAGUAGUUAGACUAAACAUCUUACUCUGUGAACUCUUUCCGCGGCGCAAGGUUUUUCUUGAGAGAUUAGUUUGCUUUUUUCAAGUUAAGGAAUCGUCCUCUCAGAAGUCUUUGUCUUCUUCGUUUCUGUUGGUUUUUUCUAUUUUGCUCUAUGGAUCCUGAUGAGAUUGCCAGACGUGUGGCGGAUCUUCAGCUGGCCACGGAAAACUCCACUAAAAUCAUAAGAAUGACAGCGCAAGAAUCAGAAUCAGAGAAUAAAAAGGCGUCUACGAUGCUUAUUGGUAAGAUCUUCGCCGAUAGGCAGCACCCACGCGAUCUGCUUCGCGAAAAAAUUCCAGCGGUGCUCCAGAUCCGGGGUUACGUUGAUGUCGAAAUUGUGGGUUUCAAUGUCUUUGUUUUACAUCUUGAUCUGGAGACCGAUUUGGCCAGGAUCCUGACUGAUGGACCGUGGCAUCUCUUCAACGACUUGAUGGUGAUUCGGAGGCCUGACCCCUUGAAAACGGCUUCUACUACUGAAUUCAUAGAUAUCUCUAUCUGGAUCCAGCUCCAUAACCUAGCUUUGGCAUGUAUGAAUUCGAGAAUGGUCCGAAGGAUUGGGGAGAAAGUGGGGGCUGUGAUGGAAGUGGAGGAAGGGGAAGGGGGGAGAUGCCUGGGAAAGUUUGCUAGGGCACGAGUUCUGCGCUCAAUCCAAGAACCACUGGUUCGCUGUGUCUCGAUUGAGGUUGAAGGGAACAAGGAGCCAAUGAUGGUUCUGGUUUUAUAUGAGAAGCUCCUUGACAAUUUUUGCUUUGCUUGCGGGAAAAUCGGACAUUUUCUGAAGAACUGUGACGCGAGUAAGGAGGCAAAGGCGAAGCCGAGCUUUGGAAACUGGCUCCGGGCCUAGAGGGGAAUCGAUUACCAGAGAAAUCCAGGAGGGGCUAAGCCACAAUUACCCCUGCACGCACCAUUUCGAAACAACCCAACCCGGGGGUAGGCACCAGACCUCGGCCACCUCCGAGAAGCGAUCCACCACUGCAGAACAAGAGAAUGGGGGCAGUUUUAGCUCCACCCCCGGGCUUUGAAAGCACUCUAGCCAUCGCCAACAUGGACAACAGUUUGGGAAAAGAAAAGAAGGGUGAGGGGAGAGUGUUGGUGGAGGGACUUGUCGAGGGACAAAAGGGGGGGAGAGGGGGGAUGAGGGAGCCAGGAGAGAAGAAGCAGAGGAUAAGGGACGGGGUGGAAUUGAGAU